AUGUCAAUGUUGCCGGCUAAGUUGGAUGCGCUAUCGCCCACAGUGAAGACUAUGUUCACUAGAUGCAUGGGGGCAGCCUCCCGUUUUAAUGACCCUAAUUUCAAACAGUACUUUGAGCGAAUCACUAAGUCGGAUUUCAACCGUUUCGCGGCGCUUGAUGAGGCGACCCGAAAAUCGCAGGAGCCUGAAUUUCUCAAGGAGCAGGAGAAAAACUUCGCCAUCCUUGACCGACAGAGCUACAUUGCUGACUUGUAUUACAGUGACCACUUCCACACUACUAAGAAGUAG